UUCUCGGCUUAAUUCCAGACGAAAGGGGUAGUUUUUGUCAAAAAAGUUCGAAUUAAGGCAAAAGAAAUGGCAGGAGCAGCGUCAAAUGUCAAAGAACUGAAGCCAGAAGAAUCUCUCGAUGAUGAGCUAACAAAUGCAGGAAAUAAACUCGUUGUUGUUGACUUUUAUGCACCCUGGUGUGGUCCAUGUAACACAAUUGCUCCCAAAUUUGCUCAGCUUAGCAUCACAUACCCACAAGUCGUCUUUCUUAAGUUAGAUGUUGAGAAAUGUGAAGCUGCAGCAGCUAAACAUUCAAUUAGAGCGAUGCCAACAUUCUUGUUCUUUCGGACGAGCAACAAAGUGGAUGAGCAGCGAGGAGCAGACGCGGCUGCACUUGAGGGGAAGAUCAAGAAGUGGAUGGUUGAUGAGGAAGAAGAUGAUGGUGUUGGUGUGAAGGGACAUAGGGAUGUAAACAACCUCAUCUUGAGCGCAGGCUGUGAAUGCUUGAACGAGUCCGAUGACCACAUGAUGAAGGACGCCUUGUCAACGAAGGAGGAUGAAUACCUCGAGUCUGAUUGUGAUGAAGAGCUCAUUUGCCAUCUAGCUUUCCAACAACCAAUGAGAAUACAUUCAUUACGAUUCAAAGCCCCGACAGACCAGGGACCAAAAAAUGUGAAAAUCUUCAUCAAUCAGCCAACGACGUUGGACUUUGAUUCAGCUCGGAGUACACAACCAACACAGGCAAUAGAAAUGAAGAAAGAAGAAUUAGAUGGAACUGUGAUAGGCCUGGCUUACGUCAAGUUUCAGAAUGUACAGAGUAUGACAUUGUUUUUUGCCGACAACCAAGAUGGAGAAGAAACAACACGGAUAAAUUACCUCGGAAUAAUAGGAACGCCGGUCAUUGCAACAAAUAUGUCCGAAUUUAAAAGGGUUGCUGGCAAAAAAGGUGAAAGUCACUGAUGCAAGGCCAACUGUUACAUCAGUAAGGGUCAACAGGAGAUAUUCUGAUCAUUCAAAAUUGGACAAAAGCUUUCAUUUUAAAGAGACAUUCUCGAAAUUUGUAAAGAGGCAGAUAAAGUGUUUUUCACAAAUCACUGAAUGGCGAUACUCGAUACCAAUGACUCCAUACAAAGGAAAACCCUAAAUACAUUGUUGGAGACCAUGUCUACCAGAACACCAUAGAAACCAUUCAUACACCUGCUGGGAAAUGUUAAGCACCUUCAGAAAGCCGCAUACCAUCAACCAAUCAUGCUGCUAACUGAAUCAAGUCUUGCAUUUAAUGAAGCGUUUGGUAGUCAUGAAUGGUAUUUGGUGAUUGGUGGUGGGGCUUUCCGAUCGUCACUUGGAAAAGUGUACAUGUCUAUGUGUGUGUACAUAACCUGUAUUUUAAUUGUUCAGAAAUAAAUUCAUGGUA